AGAAGUGAAUCGGACAAAAAAAGAGAAAGAGGCGCUUUUCUUCGCAGGUGAUGCUUUUCUCGGGAACGUUGUCUCGCAGUGGAGAUGGUGAUGAGCCUUUGACACGGCCGGAGCUUUUGAUUCUCACAAUGGAGCGCAAAUGAGAGGCUUAUCUACGCGGCUUUGCUAACAGCUCAGCGACAGGAUGCGGGAGAGGGAGCUGCGGAGCGUGGGUAGGAGAGUGCUACUGCUUGGCGUCUGUCUGCUGUCUUUGUGGGGGCAGCUGAGCCUGGCCUCCUCACACCGUAGCCACAUUGUGCACGUCAAGGCAGGAACCUGUGAGGUCAUAGCGGCGCACCGCUGCUGUAACAAGAACAAAAUCGAAGAGCGCUCCCAAACUGUCAAGUGCUCCUGCUUCCCCGGGCAGGUCGCCGGCACCACCCGAGCGGCCCCCUCCUGUGUGGACGCAUCUAUAGUAGCACAGAAAUGGUGGUGCCAGAUGCAGCCCUGUAUGGAAGGAGAAGAAUGUAAGGUGUUGCCGGAUCUCAAAGGGUGGAGCUGCAGCUCUGGGAACAAAGUGAAGACAACCAGGGUCACACGAUAGUCUGGGAUCAGGAUAUUUGGGACUCGUCAUCGUUUUCUCUGAUAACUUAGAUGGAAGUAAGACUGCUUGAGGACAGUGGAAAUCAUAUAUUUGGACUUCAGUGGAAUACUGACAUACAUAAAUGGAAACUCUGAGAAAAAGAACUCCUUUUGCCUUUCAUGGUCAGCCUUCCAAAUUCUUCAUCUAUGUUUUAUAACUAUUGGACAAGAACAUCCAUCAUGUAAAAUAUGUAUUCAACGAGAUAUUGACAUUGACUACAAAUCAAGAUAUGGAUUCAUUCAGAGAUACAGUGAGUGACAGUGCACACACUGCAGAACUAUGGAUUACUUUUUUCCCCCUUUUUUUCUUUUUUUUUGAAACCACAGUGGACUUCACACACAGUCCACUGACCACGCUUGAAGUGUAUGUGUUCCAGAGGCACUUGUGUUCGGUUCUCCAUCCUUUGAUGCCAAUUUCUUUCUUCUUUUUUGGGAAGAUUUUGAUCUUUGUGAAGUGUUUAAUUUUAAGGAUGAUCCCAGAGCUUGUGUUUUCAAAUGAACUUGUGCCAUUGAAAGAAAAAAAAUUAUAUUAAGAUGAAGUCUAAACUAUGGUGAUAGUGGUUGGAGUUUGGCAGUGGUUCACUGCACCAGUGAAAAUGAAUAUAGCUUUGCAACCACAGAUUUGCUGUUUGUUUUUAAAACCUUGGUGACCGCUAUUGAGUAAAAGUGUAAGUAUUAUCUCAAAUAAAAGUAUCUCUAUGGGAAACCUCCACUCACAAAUCUGGAAGAAUUCGUAAAACCUGCUGGGAGAUUUACUGUGGCAAAUAGCAUUGUGGUAACAUGUUUAUUCACUCAUAAACAAGGAUUACCAGCUCAUUUUAGUAUGGUUUAGUGAUUUGAGGCAUGGCUGUGCUUUUAUCUCAUUUACAUGUGCCGGUAGUGAUUCAUUACAUGACACAAUCCCGCAAAAAAACGCCUAACAAGAUUUUAAUUAAA